UAAAGAAUGCAAGACGCAGAUUUAUGCAGUGCAGUAGGAUUUACUCUAAUAUAGACACACCACGAGUGGACUUACAAGACAGAGACUCCACCUGGUCGUCCUUCACUCGUCCUGCAUGUGUGUACGUCGGGUUUGGGCUCUUGAUUUGACACGUGUGUGGAAAUGGAUAAAGGAGGUGACCCCAAACCCCUGGGUGCCGUGUGGAGCCGGGUAAAGAACGUCAGCCAGCAGAACGGCCUCCUGAUCCUGUCUGUGCUGGCUGUGGUGGUCGGCUGCCUGCUGGGAUUUUUCCUGCGUUCUAAACAUCUCUCUGAACAGGAGGUGAAGUACUUCCAGUUCCCUGGAGAGCUGCUCAUGAGAAUGCUGAAGAUGCUCAUCCUUCCUCUUGUUGUCUCCAGUUUGAUGUCUGGCCUGGCAGCGCUGGAUGCUAAAUGCUCAAGCCGCCUGGGAAUCAUGACCAUCUCCUACUACCUCUGGACCACCUUUGUGGCUGUAGUGGUAGGCAUCAUCCUGGUGAUCAUCAUUCACCCAGGUGGAGCGGCGCAGAAGGAGGACUCUGAGGACAGCGGCAAGCCGAUCAUGAGCUCUGCGGAUGCUCUGCUUGACCUGAUCCGCAACAUGUUUCCUGCCAACCUGGUCCAAGCUACUUUUCAACAGUACCGCAGCAGGAGUAUCCCCAUCUUAAAGCAGAAGAAUACCGUGAGCCAGAACCUGAUAGAAUCAACCACCAGGCGCGUUCUUAUCUACGGCAUCCAGGAUGACAAUGGCACUGACAUCCAGAACUUCUCUCUGGACUUAACACCACCUCCGGAUGUGGUUAUCAGGACGCUGCCUGGCACCAGCGACGGCAUGAAUGUCCUGGGAAUUGUCAUUUUUUCAGCCACCAUGGGAAUCAUUCUUGGAAGAAUGGGACCUAACGGCAGUGCGCUGGUCAACUUCUGCCAGAGUUUAAAUGAAGCAGUGCUGAAAAUUGUAGCAAUCGUUAUCUGGUAUUUCCCCUUUGGGAUCGUCUUCCUGGUGGCUGGCAAGAUCUUAGAGAUGGAUGACCCCUCUGCCAUGGGGAAGAAACUAGGUUUCUAUGCCAUCACUGUGGUUAUUGGGCUGAUCAUCCAUGGUCUCUUCAUCCUGCCCGCCAUGUACUUCUUUAUUACCAAGAAGAGCCCGAUUGUUUACAUCCGAGGCAUUCUGCAAGCGCUGCUCAUCUCGCUGGCCACUGCAUCCAGCUCUGCCACACUGCCUAUCACCUUCAAAUGCCUCUUGGAGAACAACCAUAUCGACCGUCGCAUCAUCCGCUUUGUCUUACCAGUCGGAGCCACCAUCAACAUGGACGGUACGGCACUCUAUGAGGCUGUUGCUGCCAUUUUCAUUGCUCAGGUCAACAACUAUGAGCUGGACUUUGGUCAGAUCAUCACCAUCAGCAUCACAGCCACAGCAGCCAGUAUCGGUGCAGCAGGGAUUCCUCAGGCUGGCUUGGUAACGAUGGUGAUCGUUUUAACCUCAGUGGGGCUUCCUACCGACGACAUCACAUUAAUCAUCGCUGUGGACUGGGCCCUGGACAGGUUCAGGACGAUGGUGAAUGUGAUGGGGGAUGCUCUGGCCACAGGAAUCAUGGCGCACAUAUGCAGGAAAGACUUUAUAAAGGAGGGUGAAGAGAUUCCUCUGAUCUGUGAAACCAAGCCGAUGAUGAGCAUACAGCAGUUGACAUCCUACCAGAGCAACGGCUGCUUCCAGCCUCCUCCGGCACGCUCAGAGAAACCUGAACGCCUCUCCCCAGAGGUGGCUCGCCUCGUACAGCUGGAAGAAGGACUCAGAAGCCUAAGAAGGAAGCCGGAGAGGAAGCCGCCUAAGAAGUCUACACACGUCAUUAAGAGGGAAGACAAGGGCCGGGAUCGAGCUCAAGACCACUUCACUGUUGACAUGAACAGCCUUGAAACAAACGUCUAAACUCCUUCAGAUCUUCUGGACCUCAUAGAAGUGUACAAGAAGCAAGUGCUGGCAAUGUUCUUCUGUUCCUUUGCUGAGUGAGCACUGAUGGAUAGUGGAGCUUCAAAUCAGGGUGUCAAUACAUUAUAUGGACUCAAUAGAUCUGAAAUGGUCUGGUCCUAGCUCUGGAAUUUACUAUCUGAUACACAGCACAUAUCAUGAGCUCUUUCAGCUCAUUACAGGUGAAGAUGGACAUUAUUUUAGUAAAAAAUGGAUGGAGAUAAUUUUUUUAUAGUUUGUUUUCUGGGCAAGGCCCUGUUGACUUUUUUUAUGCUUUUUUUCCCUCAAAAGUUCCCACAAUUCCUCUUAUUGAAAUGGUAUAUAUUUCUAAAAGACCUUAGGCAUGCCACGUAUUUUGUUUUGUGUUAUUUUUCUAUUGUAGCUUGUUUUUGUGCAGUAGUGUUCAAUCAGGAAGAUGCAUCAAUAAUAAAGUGUUUUUAUAUCUCGCACUAAUUGGCCAGAAGGCAU